GCGCACAAAAACGCAGGGCUUUUUCGAGCCCUUCCUACAGAUGGAUCCUGACGCCGGAUGGCAGUCAAGGCUGUGCGCCACGCUUUGCGCGCCACCCUUGCCACGCCUGCGCUUCCUGCAAAGGACGCCCUUCAUCGCUCAGCAGCUGUCGGGCUUGGAGCGUGAGGCCUGGAUCUGCUUCGUCUUGGGCUUCCUGCGCUCGACCCUGAAUUCCAGCGCCCUCCUGGGGGAUUUCAUGGGCGGAGGCACUGAUCUCUUCGCCGCGCUUCUGGCGAUCCUCGGCAUCUACGAUGUCUGCGCCAUGAACGGCUCCUUGCUGAUCAUGUUCUUGGUUUGGGCGGUGGCCAAUGUGGUCCUUUUCAACCUGCUUUUCUCCUUCGCCCCGAACAUGAUCCAUGCCUCCGUCAUGCUGUCCUCCGGCCAAUCAGUGGCCUUUGUAGCAGACAACCUGCUGCUGCUCUUCAACUCGGGCAUUCAGGUGAAGAUGUGCCAAAGAGUGCGGAAGAUCCUGGAUGAGGCGCUUCCUGACUGGCGCAACCAGAUGACGGGCACAGGCAGCGGGGAGCCGUUGCUGCAGGCGGAGCGGGCGGCUCCGCGGGCGGCGCGUACUGGCCCCUCCUUUCAGCCCUUUGCGGGGAGCGGCCAGCGCUUGGGAGCAGCUGGAUAGCAACACCGUGA